UUUGCAUGCGAGAGGUACAGGGUUCGAUCCCCUGCAUCUCCAAUCUUUUUUCUCUACGUUUCAUUUUUAGUUCCCAAACAACUCUCUCUCCCUUGCAAACUCGCCAUGAAAGCUUAGCAGCACAACUGCACAAGUAGUAAUAGUGUUACUUGUUUGCCGCCAAUAUUUUUCUAGGGUUUCCAAUUUGGGGUUGAAGAAUGGGUGUUCCUGUCUUCAAUCUUGCUCCUGAUUUAACGGUCUCAAGGCUCUGCCUAGGUUUUCUCAAUCAUCCCUCUUGUUUCAGUCUUUAUGGUACUGAAAAUGGCUUGAAUUUGAGCUUCAAAAACCCUUUUUCUUUGUUUUUGUUUUUUUGUUUCUCAGGAACCAUGACAUUCGGUGAGCAGAACUCACUGUCCCAGUCCUUCGGCCUUCUCAGCCUGGCCUUCCAUUCUGGAAUCAAUUUUUUCGACUCCGCUGAAAUUUAUCCGGUGCCUCAGCGUGCUGAGACUCAAGGGAAGAGUGAGGAGUACAUUGGCCGGUGGAUUAGGGAGACUAAGAUCCCCGUGAUCGCAUUAUCUUGGCGACAAAGUUUAAAGCGACUGCGAACUAAUUACAUUGAUCUUUAUCAAAUUCAUUGGCCUGAUCGGUAUGUUCCCAUGUUCGGAGAAACAGAGUAUGAUCCAACUCGGCAGUUCUCUUCAGUAUUUAUAGAGGAACAACUUGAUGCUCUAGGCAGAGCUGUUGAUGCUGGUAAGAUCAGGUGCAUUGGACUCAGUAAUGAAACACCAUAUGGUGUCAUGAAAUUCCUGCAGAUUGCUGAACACAUUCCUGGCCAUCCUAAGAUAAUAUCUGUGCAGAACUCAUAUAACUUGCUUUGCCGGAAUUUUGAUUCAGGAAUGGCUGAGUGCUGUGAUCAUGAGAGGUAUUCCAUGUGCUUGUAUUAAUAUAUUGAUUGUUAAGGAUCAGCCUAUUAGGCCUACAGCCCUCUAGCAAUGGGAAUACUUUCUGGGAAGUGCUUCUCACCUGAUGGUGGUCCAGAAGAUGCUAGGAUGAAUCUUUUUAAAGGAAUAUCUUCAUAUUGCAGAAGAGUAUAGUCUUCAUCCAGUGUCUCUUGCAAUUGCCUCUGUUCUAAGACACCCUCUAGUUGCCAGUGCUGUUUUUGGAGCCACCAGAUCAUGGCAGCUCCAAGAGGUUCUCAAUACAUGCAAUGUCAAGCUCACAUCCAAAGUAAUGGCAGAAAUUGACAAGGUCCACGCAAGGUUUCCAAAUCCUUGUCCUUGAUCAAUACAUUUAAUUCCCAAAUCCUUGUCACUGCCUUGUUCAUUACCUUCUAUAUUACUAAUAAAUGCGGAUCAGAUGGGAGAAGAUGUCAAUUUCUGAGAGGGGUAAUAUUCAAAACAUCAGAUUAUAGUUUUCUUGAAUGGGUCUUCUGUUUGAAACCGUGACCAAGUGAGAAAAGCAUACUCGAUCCUAGGGCAUGGAACCUUCAAUUGAAAAAGGUAAAAGUCAGGAGGGCCCUCACCCAUGUAUCUCAGUUUUGUGAUUAUUAUUGUUAUUAUUAAUGCAAAUGGACCCCUCAAAGUGGACAAA